AUGCAUCCAAAGAAGAUAAUGUUGUGCAUCUGGUGGUAUAUGAAAGGCGUCAUCUAUUUCGAGCUGUUAUAUAUCAAUCAAACGAUUACCGCCAAUGUCUACUCUCAACAAUUGCAGCGAUUGAAUGAAGUUCUAUGUCAAAAGCGACCGGCUUUGGCGAAUCAAAAAGCCGUCAUCCUUCUCCAUGACAAUAGUCGACCUCAUGUGGCACAGUUGACUCAGCAAAAAAUCGAACAGUUAGAAUGGGAAGUUCUUCCGCACCCGCCGUGGUCACCAGACCUUGCACCAUCCGAUUGUCAUCUGUUCCUAUCUCUUCGUAACUACUUGUGCAAUAAACACUACGAAGACUUCGAUGAGCUGAAACUCGAUCUCGCUGCCUUUUUCGAAUCAAAACCGAGUAGUUUCUACAGACGUGGAAUUGAACUAUUGUCAGAAAGAUGGGCGAAUGUUGUUGAAAAUAAUGGCGAUUAUAUUGUUCAUUGA